GUCUGACACCUGGUUCAAAGUUAUUUUAAAAUCCCAGGCAUCUGCAUAACAUCCGUGAUAAGCCCAAAACACAGGCAUUCGCUACGAGACACUGCCCACAUCCAAGAAUUGUCCGCGACUCUUCGAAUCCAUAAGCAGCCACUUCCAUGACGUCCAUGUUGGAGAGCAACAACACCUUCUGUCAUAUUAAUCAUCUUCCUGCUGAGAUCCUGCGCGAGAUUUUCGUGCUUGGUCUGAGUGAUAACACCUCUUCCAAAAGAACGCGCACUGUUUCGUUUGUCUGUAGGUAUUGGCGCUUGCUGGCAUUGGAGGAGUGCCGACUCUGGUUGGAGAUAUCCAUUGAACUGCGUCUGAGUGACGCACCCUGCUGGAGUGGAACAGAUUGCCAGGCUGCACCAGUCAUACAAUCUGCUGAGCUAGAACGCGCGGCGUUGUGGCUCAGCCGAUCCAAGGGGGCCCCAUUGAUUUUGUCCAUAUCGCUCGAUCGGGUACCCGAAUACGUCCACCAGUACGUCAAGGAUUUGGUGUCACCUCAUUACCAUCGCUGUAAGCGGCUGGAACUCAUCCUGGAUCGGAGUGACACAGUUGAAAAUGCAAGAAUUUGGUUGCCGCUGCCCGAUUCAACAUUCGAUCACCUCGAUGAACUUUACAUUGUCACCGGCCUGACGGAGAGAGACAGACUUGAUCUCGGUCCUCCUCUCACUUUACGUCGGCUCCAUAUUAGCACUUGGGCCGCCAUGUCUUUUCAUCCUGGUCUCAGACUUACGGAUGAGGUGCUGAUGGACAGAUCGAACUUCGAGACAGUUUCCGGCGUGUUGAAACAUUGUCGCGAUGUGAAGAAAAUUAACAUCCAAUCCUACUGGUGGUUCGACCCUCUUCCCGCUUUGUCGCUCCCCACUCUUGAGGAGCUCACACUUCAUCUUCACCCAUCCAGGCACUCCAUCAUCCGAAAUGCUCCAAACCUCAGAUACUUGGAUUGCCGGGGUCUCAGCGCCACAUUAUGGGAGUUGAGGGAACUCGACAAGAGCACACGAAGCGAUAUCUUGCGUGUUUUCAGUGGUCUCGAGGUGCUAGUGAUACAGGAUCCAGACUUUCACGCUUCUGGUCAUGCUGCAUGUUUUGAGAGCCUUAGGGUGAUGCGAACACACCGGCUCAAUGAUGAUGUCAUUCGACUCCUUGCUUCAAGUUCCUCUGUCCCUUUACCUUUCCCAGCAUUACAGCUUCUUGUUAUCCACUGGGGGGCCAGUGUUUGGUAUCGCAACGGGUACCAGCCGUUGUUUGAACUGCUUUGGGCCCGUCCGACACUGAAUCUGAUCUUCGACUUCUGCAAUGGACCUCCACCAGAACUUGAUUGCCUAGGGAACAGGGCGCAAUUCGUAGAAAAUUUGUGGGAAAUGAGCACCGAGGAGCUCCUCACACGUUUCUUAUGCUGAUUUCAGGUCUGCUUCUUCGUGCCGGCAGGAAGAUGGGCUGUUUUCGGAGAUGUGAUGCCGGAUUUGUAACAGCCCGGUUGACGGUUUUACGAUGGCGGCGCAUUACAAGGGGAUACAACUGUAGCAGUAUGUGGAGGCGUCCU